GGUUCCUCGCCAAAACAAUGGCAAAGUUCAACGAGACAUAACCAGGAAAGUCUAUAAAACUGCUUGCGACCUGAUACACUUUUGUUAUACAUUACAUUUGCUUAUUGUCAAACGGUUGUGUCAUAAAAAAACAAUUUUGUAAUAUGAUUAAAUUUAUCUAAUUAAUAAGUAGAAACUCGAUAAAAAUUGCAAAAGUGGUUGUUUAUUUCUUAAGUCAAUAUGUCACAGUUUUCAAAAUUGGUGCUAGUUAUUGCCGCAGUCAAUAUUAUAGAAGUUAUACCGAUACAGUUACAACAAGGAGAAGAAUUAAAACAGAACAAUAUUGAAGAUUCGCAACUGAAUGAAUGUUUGUCUGUACAAAGAGGUGCUGAAGUUGGAGUAUGUUUCGGGAAGGAGAUGUUAAACAAACUCACUAAGUUUAAUGAAGAGGAUUCAUUCAGUCUGGCAACAGGUGUCUCAUUUGUUAGAGAUGAAAAAACACCUAGAGAUAUCGAAGGUUUCCUCGACAGGGACCCAAUGGAUUUCCGUACAAUGAUGGAGGAUGCCAGCAACCUGAUCUCCAAGAGGUCACUGCACUGGGAUUUGAGUGCAUUGUACCCUGGACUAGUGAUGAGGAUAGGGCCAACAUUAGCCAACGGAAUACUGGAAUUUGUUGUGGACCCGAGAAUCAAAGACCGAACUUACCAUCAGCAAUCUAAUACGGAAAUAUCCACAGCCAGUAAAAAAGCAUUUCUUCUUGCGAAAUUAGCUCUACUUGCUGUAACAGUUUUCAGUGGGGGUUCAAGUUUAGGAAGUUAUGGCUCUUAUGGUGGUUUCAGUGGACCAUCUUUAUCAUCAUACACGAGCUAUGAAUCUCCUCACCAUCACGAUCAUCAUAGUUCUUCAGGUUAUUAUCAUAGAAGACCUCAUCAUGCGGAAUAUUACUAUAGAGAAAAAUCUGCCGAACAGCAGUCGACAGCAGCACCAAUAACACCAGAUGAGCUUCGUGACAGAUUAGAAAGACUAUUUGUAACUAAAAAAGAAAUAGGAGACCCCCUCGACGAUGGAAAAAUUAGGAAUGCUAGAAAUUUUGCGUGGAGACCCAUAGAUGUUUAA